AUGGCGGCCGUGGUGGCGGCGGUGGAGGCGGGGGUGGUGGCGGUGGCAAGCGGGCGGGGAUGCAGCAGCCGGCUGGUGCGGGGCCUCUACUGGCGCCUGCGCGCGGUUCUGCGGCGCCUGCGGUCGGAGCGGGCCAGGCGCGGCCGGAGGUUCAGCUUCCACUACGACGCGCUCAGCUAUGCGCUCAACUUCGACGACGGCCGCGCCUCCGCCUCCGCCCCCGCCCCCGCCCCCGCCGCCGCCGACCUCGUCCUUGUCCCCGGCGACAACCGCGCGCUACGCUGA